AUGGAAUUAGAUAAGACACUACAAGUAUUAUCUUACCAAAUGGAGCAAAUUCAACUUAUGUAGAGAUAUGAUAUAUAUGGUGAAUAUAAAUAAUAGCAGAUGAAAUAUUGUUUUAUCGCAGGAGAUUUUAUAGAGGUAAAAAUAAUAGCUGAUAAAAUGUAUGAAGAUUUCAAAUAAUCUCUAAAUGAUUAACUUAAUCUUUAACAGAUUAAAGGUAUCAUUGAUUUAGCAGAUCAGUUAUAUCUUUCUAAUUAGUAUGAAAGAGGGGUAGACAUGAUAUUAAUAGCUAUUAAACAUCUUGAAAAGAUAUAAGAUAAAUCAGUAGCUGCAAAAGAUUUAUCUUAAGCGUAUUUACUCUGCGCUGUUGGCUAUUUAACACUAAAAGAAUACGAAAUUGCUGCAAAAUACUCAGAAAUGUCUUACCAGGCUAAUAAAUCAACUUAUUAAUCACUUAAAACAGCCUAUGUAAGCUAUAAGAAGCUUGGAUUAUAAGAUAAAGCAGAAGAAAUUUACUAAAUAUUAAAAGGCAAAAUUUCAGAAGAUUAGUUAAAAGAAAUUGAAAAAAAUUACGCAGUAUUUAAAUAAAUGUUUAAUUUUACAGAUAUUUAUUAAUAAUAGGCUGAUUAAAUCCUAAAAGCAGAAGCACAAUUAGAUUAAGAGGAUAAAAAUAGUGGAAGGAAAAUUAUUUUUAAUUUGGAUGGUGAAGCAGAUAGAAUUUCUAACUAUUUCAAAAAUAGAAAUUAUGAAGAAGGAAUUAAGUUUUAUACAAACAUUUUGGGAUAAUUGGAUCCUAAAUUUGACUUUUUUAGGAAGUUAUAAGAUUUUGAUCAAGCUCUUGAAUACUCUAAGUUUGUUGAAAGAUAUUUAGAUUAAUUUUAGCAAGAAGAAUAAUAUGUUGAAAUGUAUUAAUAGUUGAUAAAUUUAAGGAUGAAUAUUUUAUCAUAACUUUAAGAUCAUGAAAUGAUUUAGAAAGAAUUAGAAAAAUUCUACUAGUUUUUAUUGCCAAUAAAGAACUAAGAAAGUCACUAAUUCUACGUUUGCCUAAUGAAUUUGAUAAAUUUAUUUUUAAAAACAAAUAAUAAUUAAGGCUUAGUAAAAUAUGGUUAGGAAUACCUUAAAGUAAGACUUUAAUUUGAAAAAGAAGAUGAUUUUCUUCACAACACAUGCAAUGUCUAUUUUAGAUUGAUAUUUAAUUAUAUGAAUUCUAAAUAAUUCGAGUUAGCUAAUAAGUUGAUUGUUGAAUCCUAAUCAUAUUUUUUAAAAUAAAAAGAUUAUUCAUCUCUUUACAAAAUUCACCUCUUUUAGAUAUCUUUGGAUAUACAUUUUAAUAAGUAUGAGUGUGUUGAUAAUAGUAUCAAGAAUGCAGAAAAUAUUCUUUCUUAAUAUUUUGUAGGGCAUUAAGAUGAAAAGGAAAUGAGAUCUUUAGGAUAUUUUGCUAUAUCAUCUUCUUAUUUAUAAAUAAGAGACUAUCAGAGAAGCUUUGAAUAUUUUGAAAAGUUAGUGUCUUUACGCUACUCUUCUUAAAAAUGUAAGGAAAAUUAAAAGUAUUUAAUUGAUAAUCUUUUAAAAAUCGAAGGAUUUAAGGAAAAAACAGAAAAUAUGAUAUAAUAAUAUGGCCUUAAUAACGAAUCAAAAUAAUGA